AUGCCUCCACGCGUGCCCUCGGCCGUGGCGAGCAGUGUCUUCAAUUUGACCAGUCUCCUCCAAAGCUUGCCGUCCGCCGUACGGAAUCAAGCCUUCACGAAAUGCUCGACAUGUUUGUUCUCGACGACACCGGCCUUAGAGGCUAAACGGUCUACUCGAAAGCGCAAAGCACGGCGACAUAUCGACCCCUACCGCUUGGCCCAAGCCCGACAGCGCAAAGCCGCGAAUCUAGCGCGGCAGAAAGUGCUAAAUGCUGAGCGCAAACUCGCACUGGGCGACCCGGUCCGGUCACGACCGACACCUUUUAUCGAAUCUCUACACUCGAGCACUCCUUUGGAGGCCGUCAAGAAGUCGUAUUUGAACUAUUUGCUGAAGCAGGAAGAUCUGGAGAAAUCGGUCGAAUAUUCAAGGUGGUUGACCGAACCGCUGCCGGAAUCAAACCAAGUCCCUGGAGCCAACGACAACCUCGAACAAAAGAUCCAGGAGCAUGCCGCCUCGCAUGAGAAUGCGUCCAAGGCCCUGCUCGCCAUUACUUCAUUGGUUAGUGGAAGCAGUAAAGACCGAACUCGAGUAAACAUUCAGAGAUGCAUCGAAGAGUUUGGCCGCCACAAUACCGACAAAGUUCUCCCUCCGAGGCUACAGAGCAAGCAAGCUCCCCCAGCAUCUUCUGAAGAGGCCGGAGCUGCUGUCGUUGUUCCGAAACGGGUGGGACAGGAUACUGGGUCCCCCGAGGUCCAAAUUGCUAUUCUGACCGCUAAGAUCAAUGUCCUAGCAGACAAUCUGCACAAGAAAGAUAAAAGCAACAAGCGCCAUCUACGGCUCAUGGUGCACCGAAGGCAGAAGUUGAUGGCUUAUCUGCGGCGCCAGGAUCGGGGCGGACCAAGGUGGCAGAACAUUGUGGAUAAGCUUGGGCUCAACGAUGCCAUGUGGAAAGGGGAGAUCAGCCUCUGA